AUGAAGGUCUCUGUCAAUCUCGUCCUUUUGGCAUCAGCCGCUUCCGUGGUGACACAGACGCUGGCGUUCCCCAACAUCGGCGCCAUGAUGGCUCCCGGCCCUGACGGCGCACCGUCGCACUUUGAAAAGCGUCUGCUCUCCGCAGACCCGUUUCAGCUGGGCAACCUGAUCAGCGACCUCAAGAGCAAGGUGGAGGAGCUGACCAAAGAGGCCAAAGUGAACGAUGCCGGCGAGCUUCUCAACACCAAGAUCACCGACAUCACUGCGGACAAGAUCUACUCGACGUUCGGGGUGCGACGCGAUGGUGGGCUGCUUCCACCCGCUGAGGAUGCUGCACACCCCUGGCAGCCACCGCCAGCGGGAGCCAAGCGAGGUCCUUGUCCCGGUCUCAACACCAUUGCGAACCACGGCUAUAUCCCCCGAAGCGGAGUGGUGAAUCCAAUCGAGCUGCUCGUCGGCACGUUCAACGGGCUCAAUCUGAGUCCGGAUCUGGCAGCCAUCCUUGCGGGAAUCGCGUUUGUGGGUAUGGGCGACUUGCUGCAGAUGAAGCUCUCCAUCGGAGAUCGGUACGGUCUUGGAAGUGGACUUAGUCACCAUGGCAUUAUGGAAGGCGAUGGAUCGGUGACUCGCAAAGACCACUACUUUGGAAACAGCUGGGAAGCAGACCCGCAACUAGUGGCUCAGUUUAUCAACGAGACCAACACCUACGGCAACGGCAAUGUGGACGUCAUCUCUCUUGCCCACUCUCGCUAUCGUGCUUGGGAUUCGAGCCGUCAAAACAAUCCGGACUUCGACUUUAAUCCGUGGCGCAUGUUGGUUGCGUACGGCGAGAGUGGAUUUGUGCACGAGGCGCUUCGAGGUUCGUCGGCCAAGUUCGACGAGUGCAUGAUCAGGAGCUGGUUCCUCCACGAGCGCUUCCCCGAAGGCUGGAGCAAGCGACUCGUACCUGUAUCCACGCCCGAGAUCCUUGCUUGGGCCGGCAUCAUCGAGCUUGCCAAACCGACCAUCCCUGGCUGGAGCGUGGGCAAGAAGGGUGCGUUUGUGCCUCUGCCCACCACCGACGCUGCGUACCAGGAGCUGCGCUCGCUCAUCGAUCCCAAGACCUCCGGUGCUACAUUGGGCCAGCUUGUCUGUGCGGCAGGUAAUGCUGUGCUGGGAUUCUUCCCGACACCCAUCACUAAUUUGCUCGGCAACUUUGGCAUCAACGGCGUUGGCUCGACGCUCAAGUGCUAG